AUGAAAUACAAAGAACAUUGUUAUAAAGGAAUAAACAUAUUUAAAUUAUUCUAUAAAAAUUCCAUUAAAACAAUUAAGCAAUUCCAUAAAUACUAUAGUACCAUACAUUCCUUUAAUUUGACUCCAGCAAUUGGUCUGGAAAUUCAUGUUCGAUUAGCAACUUCUAUAAAAUUAUUUUCAGAAUCAGAAAAUAAAUUUUCUAGAAUUCCUAAUUCUUCAGUAGAUUUUUUUGACAAACUAAAUAAAACCCCAAUUCUUCUAGCGAUUAAAUCAGCAAUAGCUUUAUCAUGCAAAUUUCCAAAAAAAAUAUCCUUCGAUAGAAAACAUUAUUUUUAUCCUGAUCAACCAGCUGGGUACCAAAUUACCCAAUAUUAUUACCCUUUAGCUAAAAAUGGAAUUAUCAAAUUAUAUCAAUCAGAAGAGAAUAAUCAAUUAAAAAUAAUUACGAUUAAAAUUAAACAAAUACAUCUUGAACAGGACACAGGAAAAACUUCAUAUUUAUCUAAUCCAUCAAAAUCAUUAAUUGAUUUUAAUCGUAUGGGAUCUCCAUUAAUUGAAAUAAUUACCAAACCAUGUUUUUCAUCAGGAAAAGAGGCAGGUGAAGCUAUAAAGAAAAUACAAUCUAUUCUCAGAAGUGCAAGUACCAGUGAUGCAAAUAUAGAAGAUGGUGGAUUAAGAUGUGACGUUAAUAUAUCUAUUGGUAAUCAUCCAAAAUGUGAAAUUAAAAAUUUAGCAAAUUGUGAAAUCAAACGACAAAUUUCUAUUAUUAACCUAGGUAAAGAAAUUAAAAAACAAACUCUUAAAUAUGACGCUGAAAAAAAUAUCAUAAUAAAAUUAAGAGACAAAGAAGAAUCAGUCGAUUAUAGAUAUAUACCAGAACCCGACCUUCCUGAAAUCGUGCUUUCAAAAAAACUGUUAAAAGAAUGUAAAAAAUCCCUUCCAAAAUUUACAGACACUGUUUUCCAAAAAUAUUUAUCUAAUCCUUACAAAUUGCCUCUCAGAAUAGUCAAAACUUUAGCUAAAAAACAUGCUUUUGAUUAUUUUGAAAAAGUAUUAAAAAAUUUAGGAGACCCUAUUAAUUAUUCAGAGAUAGUAGCAAAUUGGAUUGUUAAUAAACUUUUAAGACAACUCAAUAUCCGAAAUAUAUCAUUUCAAAAAAACCCUGUUAAUCCAGAAACAGUAGCCUAUAUUAUUAAAGCUGUAGAAUCAAACCAUAUUACUGAUACAUCAGCUAAAUUUAUUCUUUAUAAUAUAAUUGAAGGCGAUACACGAGAUAUUUAUGACAUUGUAAAAUCUUUUGGCCAUGAAAAUACUUCUAAUCCUUAUCUAAUGUUGAAAGUUUGUCAAGAAAUAUUAAUCAAUCACAAAAAACAAGUUGAUCAAUAUAAAUCAGGCCAAAAUAAAAUAAUGAAAUGGAUUUUAGGAAAAGUUAUCAAAGAAACACAAGGAAAAUUCCCAGUAGAAGAACUGGAACAAUUAUUGAAAGAAAUAAUUAAUAAAAAUAACAUUUAA